UUGCAGAAUAUUUUAUUGCUAUGGUUACAACAAGAAAUAGGAAACGAGCAGAAGAAAGUAACGAAAAUAAGAGUGAACGCAAUGAAAAUCAGCGGAAUGGUGGACAAAAUGAUGGAAUUACAAAAGAAAUGAUGCCUGGUGUGUCUACGAGUAAUGAAGAAGGCGAAUUGGUGGAAAAUGAAAAUGGCAAUGAGAAGCGUGAAACAACAACUAAAGCUGAUAAAUUGUCAAACGAGUCUUCAAGAAAAAGUCGAAAGGACGAACCUAGUAGUAAUGUUAGGGAUAGAAAGCGCAAACGGUCACGAUCAACAGAUUCUGGCAGUGACACCAGUCGUGAUGAUUCGAGAAUGCGAUCAAAACGCAAGCAUUCAAGUCAUAAAGAUGUUAAGUCAUCAAAAAAGCAUUCGAAAAGCGAGAAACGUCGUCGUUCUCCCUUGGAAAAAGAGAAAAAUGAUACGAGUGGAGUUCUCGAUGGGUCAUUUUCAAGAGAAGGAUUGGGGAUUGAAGCGAAUGAUACAAAUUUCGAACGGAAUGACACAGACAUUGUCAAAAAAGAGCCAACAGCAAGAGAAUUGGAAAUUGCUAGGCUGCUGAAAGAAGAACAGGAGCACCCGGAGCUGCUUGAUGCGGAUAAUGAUGCGGUUUGGUCAUUGAAAAAAGCUCAAAUUGAAAAGCCAAGCCGACAGUGCCCAUAUUUAGACACCAUUGAUAGGUGCGCAUUAGAUUUUGAUUUCGAAAAGCUGUGUUCUGUUUCAUUAUCACACAUCAAUGUUUAUGCUUGUAUGGUUUGCGGGAAAUAUUUCCAGGGUCGAGGCACCAGCACCCAUGCGUACACCCAUUCACUGGAUACAAACCAUCGAGUUUUCCUAAACUUGAGCACUUUGAAAUUUUACUGUUUGCCAGAUAACUAUGAAAUCAUUGAUCCAUCGCUGGACGAUAUCAAGUAUGUAUUGAAACCAACCUAUACGACAAAAUAUAUCAUGGAGAUCGAUAAGAUGGGAAAGAUGGCUCGUGCUUUUGAUGGAACAACUUAUCAUCCAGGUGUUGUAGGUCUGAACAAUAUCAAAGCCAAUGAUUAUGAAAAUGUGGUGCUGCAUGCACUUUCACACGUUCCACCCCUUCGUGAUUAUUUCCUACGUGAAGAAAAUUAUAUAAAUAUAAAAAGACCACCUGGUGAUAAGCUAACGUUGUUGCCGAAGCGUUUUGGUGAAUUAAUCAGGAAAUUGUGGAACCCGAAAGCAUUCAAAGCACAUGUUUCACCUCAUGAAAUGCUGCAAGCCAGCGUAUUAUGCAGCAGCAAAAAAUUUCAAAUUACCAAACAAGGUGAUGCGGCUGAGUUCUUGAAUUUCUUGUUAAAUACCCUUCAUAUAGCAUUGAACGGGACCCGCAAAACAUCGUCAUCCAUUAUCUACAAGAUAUUUCGGGGUCGACUGCAUGAAUUUACACGGAAAGUAAUACCUGUGGAAACAACCGAGGAAGCACGAAAAAAUUUGUUGGAAACUGAUGAAUAUAAAGAGAAGAAACUCGAAAUUCCAUUCCUUUAUCUUACAUUGGAUUUGCCAGCCGCCCCACUAUAUCGUGACGAAUUGUUGCAGAAUAUUAUACCACAAGUUCCACUUUCUGUGCUCUUAACUAAAUUUAACGGUGCUACUGAGAAGGAAUAUAAAACAUAUAGUGAGAAUUUCAUGAAACGUUUUCAACUGGUCCGUUUGCCACCUUAUUUAAUUAUAACCUAUAAAAGAUUCCAUAAAAAUCAGUGGUUUGUCGAGAAAAAUCCUACAAUUGUCAAUUUUCCUAUAAGCAAUGUUGACUUGUAUGAUUGUUUGGCGGAGGAGAUGCGUCCUCUGCAUAAAUAUACAACCUAUGAUCUCGUUUCAAAUAUUGUUCAUGAUGGUCCGCCAUCAUCUGGCUCCUAUCGUAUCCAAAUUCUUCACAAUGGUACUCAGAAAUGGUAUGAACUGGAAGACUUGCAUGUGAAAGAAAUACUACCGCAGAUGAUUACGCUAGCCGAAUCUUAUAUACAGAUUUGGCGUUUGAAUACUUCAAAAACACGUGAACAACGAGCUGGUGAAACGGAAGGAAGUGAAGAAGAAGCUAUGGACAAAAUGGAACAAUAAUUUUUUGUUUAAAUUAACGGUUUGAUUAUUAAUAUAAACUGAAGAAUUCAAUUUAUUUGAUAUUAAUUCAGAUGAUGGAGUUGUGUUGCAUAUUCUUUUCUGUAGUUUCCUUGUCUUUGCAGUCUUAUAUCAUGUUUGUUUUUCUGGAAAAAG